AUGUUCACGCCCUGCAUCAACCUGUGCCAGCCAGGGAGAGACAGUCAGCGUCUCACCACCACUCCACACCAGUUUAUAAAGCCUCCAACACCAUUCCACACACGUUUAAAGAUCCCAGUACCACUCCACACCAAUUUCAAAGCAUCAGCACCACUCCACAUCAGUUACAAAGCCUCAGCGCCACUCUACACCAGUUAUAAAUCCUCACCACCACUCCACAUCAGAUUUGAGCCUCCAGCACCACUCCACAUCAGUUAUAAAGCCUCAGCACCACUCCACAUCAGAUUUGAGCCUCCAGCACCACUCCACAUCAGUUAUAAAGCCUCAGCACCACUCCACAUCAGAUUUGAGCCUCCAGCACCACUCCACAUCAGUUAUAAAGCCUCAGCACCACUCCACAUCAGAUUUGAGCCUCCAGCACCUCUCCACAUCAAUUAUAAAGCCUCAGCACUACUCCACAUCAGUUAUGAAAGCCUCAGCACCACUCCACACCAGAUUUAA